AUGACUUCAAAGGUUUCACUCUGGUCAGCUAUUCUGGUGGCAUUAGCAGCACAUUUGAAUGCAGAAAUCUACAUGAUGUACAACAAGGUUAUCUGCGACUUCAACCUGACAAACAACGGUGACAGCUCAUAUUCUGUGCUAAAAUGGAAUACACCGCUGAACGACUUAGCCCUGGACGGCCUGACUGUCAGCCGUGAUGGGGAAAAGCUGAGUCCACAAGGCAUCAGAAUGAAGCGAGAAGAUCCAGGCGCGAGUGCUUUCAUAACCAUUGCUGCUGGAGAAACUGUCUCUUCAAAGUUUGAUCUUUCUUCUGAAUACGACACCACUAAAACUGGAGAAUACACUGUUGCAGUAGACCUGUAUUUGGAGUAUGUCGAGGGAAGCGUUGGAAGUUCGGAAGAAACUGAACUAUUUUAUCUUUAUUCUCAUGCUGUUAAUUUCCAAGCAGCUUGAAGAAAGGGCAUUUUAAAAAAUAAUGCACUUUCGUAGCCAAAGGGGAGGGAAAGAUUCUUAACUGAGGGUUGAUAAAAGGCUUAGUUCAAAUAAACUUGCUGAUAUACA